UUUCUUAUUUUUUCUUUUUAUUAUUAUUAUUUCUUUUUCUUUUUUUUUUUUUUUUUUUUUUUAAUUCAAGAGUUCCAUGCGUUUUAAUGUUUUACAGUUAAUUGUCUAAUGCAAAUGUAAGAAGAAAAUUUUAUCAAUACUUUCUUCAGAAUAUUAGAAUUAUAGAUUAGAAUGUUUACAUUUUUAAUCGUAUUAAAGUUUGACUCUAUAUUAUAAUAUAUUGCAGUUUUGCAAUAUAUGGCAGAUUUAUAUAAAAAGAUCUAAGUGGAUGAAAAGAGAGAACCUUUUUUUCUAAUAAGAAAUAUUAGAGAGAAAGAAAGAGAGAGAAAGAGAGAGAGAGAGAGAGAGAGAGAGAGAGAGAAAGGAAAUAUUUUAUUUCGUCAAAAUAUUUUAUUAAUUAUUAUAUUAACAUUGUUAUUAACGAAAUGUUUACUUUGGCUGUUUCUGAAUAUAAUACACAGAUACACACACACAAACACAAACAAGACAUGCAUAUGUCGUCCUCGCGCAUCUCUCAGAUCAUUUUACUAUAGUUAUUAUUCUCUACUAAGUAGAAUAAAAAAAAAAAAAAAGGAAAAAAAGAAAGGCAUACGAACAACAAAGAAAAUAAGAUAGUAGACUCUUAUAUACUUGUGAUAGAAACUGAGAGUAACUUAAAAAAAAAAAAAAGAUAUAUAUAUAUAUCUUUUAUAAAAAAAAAUAUAUAUAUAUAUGUAAUAAAAAAAAAAAAAACUCACGAUACUUUACGAGCAUGUUCUUAUUAGUAAUAUAAAGUUUAUAACACAUACAUACAUACAUAUAUACACAUACAUACAUAUAUACAUACAUUCAUACAUAUAUACAUACAUACAUGGCACACAGAUACCGAGGGAAAAUCGUCAGUAGAAAAUUACACUAUGUAUUAUUGUAGUAUUUGGCACACGUUAUUGUAUUCACACCACUGAUAUUACCUAUAUUGAGAGAGAUUAUUGAAAAACGAUCAUUAAUUGUUAUGAAGUGAGAUAGAGAGAGAGAAAAAUUGUAAAUAAUUUAAUUAUCGUACAGUAUUAAGAAGUAAUAAUUAGAAAUAUAGGCUCUUAGUAGCUGGUUUACGCCUUAAAAAAUAGAAAAUGAGAACAAAAUAAAACAUAUUUUAAUUGCUUCCCGUUGUUAAAUCCUUAUUUACUAAAUGUCUCAUCUUUUCUUUUUUUUUCUUUUUUUUUUUUGUUUUCUUUUUCAAACAUUUUCUCAGAUAUAUAUAGCAUAAUCGUUUGUUGUUAAGCAGAAAACAAAAUCAAUCCAUGACCUUUUAUAAUGUAAUAAGGAAUAGUAGAAGUAAACAUUAUUUCCCUCUACUUUUGGAGAUAUGUUUAAGUGAAAGAAAAAAAAAAAGAAAAAAUAAGAGAAGAAAAAAAAGGUCGUUCACACAAAAUAUAUUCUUUAAUUAUUCUUUGGAUUUGAUUAUGUAUGAAAUUUCAAUCGUUAAAUCAUAAAAAUGGCUUCGCCACGAAUAAUUUCAAAAUUUCAAAGUUUAUCUCCAGUACCAAAUUUAAGGAAUUCAUUAACACCUAGAAGUUUUAUAAAAAAUAAUAAUUAUGUUAAAUCACCGGAAAAUAAAAAUAGAUUAUCGCCUUUCAAUGUUAAUACACCUGACAGAAAAGAAAUUCUUCUAAAUGGUUUACCUAAUAAACAAAGAAUUGUAUUAGGUACUGGAGGAUUUGGUACAGUUUAUAAGGCAUUAUAUAAAGGAAAUCAAGUAGCAGCAAAAAUAUUGAAGAAAUCAAAGGAUAACGAUAAUACUAUCAAUUCGGAGAAGCAUGCUUAUUUAUUGAGGCAUACCAAUAUUGUUAAUAUUUUAACCAUAGAAGAAGGUGCUGCUUUAUCAUUGAUAACAAUGGAAUUAUGUGGUAUUACGUUGCAAGAUCAAUUGGAAAAAAAAGCUUUAGACAGAAGAGAACGUAUUCGUAUUUGGAGGGAUAUAGCUUGUGCUCUUCAAUUCUGUCAUAAUGCGGGUGUGGUUCAUGCGGAUGUGAAGCCAAAAAAUAUUUUAAUUGGAAAUUGUGGUCAGCCUAAACUUACAGACUUUGGGAGUUCUGUCUUAAUAAAUAAAGUACAUGCCGAACAGGCAUCUAAUAUAAUGACAAGUACACCAGGUUAUGCGGCACCAGAAGUUUUAUGCGGAAUAAUUCCCAGUCCUGCUGCAGAUAUUUAUUCUUUAGGCGUUUUAGCCUGGCAAAUCCUUUCUAGGAAAAUACCCUUUGAAGGAUUCCACGUGCAUACUAUUAUCUAUUUAUCUGUAAAAGGAAAGAGACCUUAUGAUGAAGAUCUCAACGAUGAAUUUCAAGGACGAUACAAGUCAAUAUAUAGAGAGAUGUGGUCUCAAAAAAUUACAGCUCGACCAAUAACAAGUAAAGUGAUCUACAUGCUAGAUAUCCUAAUGAAUAAAUAGGUUUUAUUUAAAUCAAAUAAUGUUCUAUACUUGUUAGUAUACGCGUCGCUUAUUAUUAUACAUUAUUAAAUAAAUGUCGUGUUUACAUAUAAUAUAUAUAUAUAUCAAAUAUGUGAAAAGAGAAACGUGAUUUUAUGUAUCUGGCAUCUCUCCACCAGGCACAAGCUGUAAAAAGAAAAUCAAUUGUUAAAUUGUACGGUUAUAUCAAUACAUAAAUAAUUAUUUUUUAUUAUAUACGAA